AUGACUGCUGUGGCAUCACCACCUAGUGUGCAAUCGGGGCCUCGCUUGGGAUGGUACGACUCUAGCAACGGAGGACAAGGAGCCCUGUCUUCGAUGAACGCGGACGAAGUCUCUCGGAUGUUUAUGCCACGGAAGACCGUUCAGCGAUCGAAUUCCUCUUCUUCUCUGGGAUCUAAUUCCUCCACGUCUACAGUAACCACAAACGCCCAGAAUACUAAUGCCGGACAAUCGACGAACCCUGAAUCUGCUACCUGGUCGUCGAAGAAGAAAUCAUCGAGGAACAUUUGGCCCAACUCCAAGUCAGAACCUGUCUCUGGAGUGAGCAACGCACGUCCUCAGGUGAUGCCGGCCUUCUCAUCGGGGCCUGUCGCCGCCUCUACUAUGUCUGCGAUGCAACAACCUUCCAACAUUGUUCCGUCUCAGCAUAUGAUCCAGCCCUCUCAACAAAAUGGCGUUCGCGCUGGGAGCGCGCCCUCGGGGGAACCGCCCGCAAUAUUGACGCUGUUGCCUAUGAAUGGCACUUUUGAAAAGAAACAGAUCAAUGUCCCUUAUUUCCCUGAAGUUCUGCGAAUCGGUCGGCAAACGAAUGCGAAAACCGUGCCUACUCCUGUCAACGGUUAUUUUGACUCGAAGGUCCUUUCCCGACAGCAUGCCGAAAUAUGGGCCGAUAAAUCCGGGAAAAUCUGGAUUAGAGAUGUGAAGUCAUCGAAUGGAACCUUUGUCAAUAACCAGCGACUGUCUCCGGAGAACCGCGAGUCAGAGCCCCACGGGCUCCACGAGAAUGAUACGCUUGAACUGGGUAUCGACAUCGUCAGCGAAGAUCAGAAGACUAUUGUUCACCACAAAGUCUCCGCUAAAGUGGAGCAUGCCGGAGUUUAUGGAACGAUACCGAAUAUCCUUGAUCUCACGCUUGGUGACCUAGAUCCUGCGUCUGGAAAUGGACUUCUGCCUUCUCCGCUCAGCCAGCCACUGUCGCAUCUCCGAGGACGCUCGGGGAGUACCAUGAGCAAUCGGAGUGCGCAGAGUGCUGCUAGUAGUCAGUUCAAUGCGCUGCAACAGCAGCGCCAGAUGAACUACUGGAACUCUCCGAUAUCCAUUGAACAGGUUGUCAAAAGACUUACAAGCGAGAUGAAACAAGCCAAACAACAAUCUCAGGAACUUCGCCAAACCGACGAAUUUUUAAAUACAAUUAUGAAGCCCGGUCAUAUAGAAAAAGAAAAGGCCAAGCAUUCUCCGCCUGAAAGCACCUCUUCUCGUCAGGUGAACGGAAGGCCGAAGAUGCCCCGUGUCGACUCCUUUUCGCGAUUCUCUGAUCCUCCGGCACCUCCCCCUCAGCAGCCUCUACCCGAAAAGCCGGAUGCGCUGCCGCGAAACGGCGCUGAUUCUCUGUCGCCUCUCAAGCGAACGGAGACUGAGAAACCUAAGCUGGGAGCUGGGAAUUCGCCCGUUUCCCGCGAUUCGAGCCAGAUAAUAUCUCUUAUUGAAACCCUUGCAUCUACUAGAAAAGAGCUUGACAGCCAAGGUGCCCGUGUCAAAGAACUCGAGGCAUUGCUGCUCCAGGAGCGCAACGCCCGUGAAUCUGCAGAGGAGAGGGCGCGGAAUCUGGAGAUGCAAAGCAAGGAGAAUCACGAAGAUGGCGUGGCAUCGUCUGAUGAACAGCCCGAUGGCGCCCUGCAUGACUCGACAGAAAAGCAAAUCUUUGAAGGGCCUAAAGUCGAUGAAAUGCCCGCUCAACCAAACCCACAGGAAUCGGUGGAGGCUGGAGACUUGGAAGAUGAUCAGGCGACCAAACUGCAACAUCGCCUCGAGGCGAUGAUGGCUGAGAUGGAGGAAAUGAGAAAGCAAGUCUCCAUGUUCAAAGAUCGCGCGGAGAAAGCCGAGACCGAGACAGUCGAAACGCGCAAGUCCUUGGGUGAGAUGAUCGAGACGCUUCGACGAGAGCACGCAGAGUCUCGAGCUGGCAACAUCCCUGAGGCCCAGCCAGAGGAUUCUCCCGAUGUCCUCGAGACUGCACCCAUUAGCGAAGAUGCGAAUGGCCAUGAAACCAAGGACUCUGACCUACAACCGGAGAAGUCUGUGCCCGUGUCCCCAGAGAACGGUUCUGGAUCUCCUGGUCCAACUUUUGCCACGCAAACGCAGCGACACGAUGUCCUGCAACAGUCAAGUCCAUACGCAUCGAUGCUUGGCGUGGUGCUAUUAGGUGUAGGCCUAAUGGCCUAUCUGAAUGGGUGGCAGAAGAUGGACAAGUGA